AUGACAGGAGAGAUCGACUAUUCGGUACUCCACCCCUUGCUGCGCGUACCAGUCCACCAUCGUCCAGCCGGGCGGUGGGGUGGCGAGCUUGGUGUUAAUCUCGAGUGCACCAACUUUCUCUCGCUGACUGGGGGUGGCCUCGAGAGGCAGGUCAUCAUCACGGGCUCCGAAGGCGGGAAACCACGUCCAACUGUUCCCACUCAGAAGGAAGCGCCGGAACGCACGCCGCGCUACACGCCUUGGCUUAUGGGCACACUGGAGGAGAAGGUAGGUGAGAUCUACCUGGCGACGAGUGCGUCGGGGAUGGUGGACUGGGGCGACCUGUACCCGGGCAACACGUUCAAGCAUCCGGACGGCCGCACCGUUCUAUGGGGCUGGAUGAUCGAAGAGAGCUUGAACGACGCGGCCCUCGAGGCCAAGUCGUGGACGGGAUGCCUUGGUAUGCCUCGCGAGAUCUUCCUCGCGACGUACGACGGCGUCACGGGUACCUUGGCAUCGAAGAUGGACGAGGUGCAGAGCUUUGAGGUCCUCUCGGCCUCCGACGGCCUGUGCAAUGUCGCGACGCUUGGCAUCCGACCCCUCGCACAGCUGGCAGCUUUGCGGGGCAAGCAGCUCUUCCACGCCAAGCUCUUCGACGGCGAGCGCCUCCCCAUUGCUCACUCCACCCCGCUCGCGCGGGCUAUCGAUGCGACGUUCGACAUCACGGACGACACCGAUGAGGUAUCACUUCACGUCCGGCACAGCGCCGACUACAGCACCGCAACACGCAUCACGUUCUAUCCUAAGCACGAGACGAUUGUGGUGCACCGCGACGCGUCCAAUGCCGAGCGCACUAUCGCCAAGUACGAUGAGGACGGCCCGAUGACUCUUCUCCGCACCGAGGGCGGGAUGGAGCGCCUAAGGCUGCAGAUCUUCCUCGAUCAUGACGCCGUCGAGGUGUUCGCCAAUGACCGCUUCGCCCUGGCGACGCGCGUGUACACUGACUCGGGGGUCACGGGUGUGUCGUACUCGGGCAAGGGGGCCGCGCGGGUUGAGGAGCUGGACCUUUGGGAGAUGAAGGCGACGCAGUAG